UAGCACGUGGGGAAAAUUACCUUACAUAGACAGUUGUCUUGUAUUAUAAUGUAUGAGAUGAGAAAGAGCAAUAGCCGUGGAAGUCCGAAACCCUUCUUCAGUCUGCAACUUUUCACUUCACACUUGAAACUGAGCUUGUGACACAAUGAUGGGAGGAGCAGCAGCCAAAACCCUAACAAAUCUUUGCCCCUCUUUCCCAUUCACAACCAAAACCCAAAACCCACUCACCCACCCCUCUCUCUCAUUCCCUUCCACUCGUCUUCGCCACCGCCCCAUUUCAGCCGUCGCCAACCCGGUCCAACCUCCGCCCACCACCGCCGAGUCAGCCACUCCGGGCCAGUACCGAGUCGACGUCCUCUCAGAAUCGCUCCCCUUCAUCCAGAAAUUCCGCGGCAAGACCAUCGUCGUCAAGUACGGCGGUGCCGCCAUGAAGUCCCCGGAGCUGCAGGCCUCCGUGAUCAACGACCUCGUCCUCCUCGCCUGCGUCGGCCUCCGCCCCGUCAUGGUCCACGGCGGUGGCCCCGAGAUCAACUCCUGGCUCGGCCGCCUCAACAUCCCCGCCGUCUUCCGCGACGGCCUCCGCGUCACCGACGCCGACACAAUGGAGAUCGUCUCCAUGGUCCUCGUCGGAAAAGUCAACAAAACCCUAGUCUCCCUCAUUAACAAGGCCGGCGCCACCGCCGUCGGCCUCUCCGGCAUGGAUGGCCGCCUCCUCACCGCGCGCCCCAGCCCCAAGGCCGCCGACCUAGGGUUCGUCGGCGAGGUGGCCAGGGUGGACCCCGCCGUCCUCCGCUCCCUCAUCGAGAGCAGCCACAUUCCCGUGGUGACCUCCGUGGCGGCGGACGAGUUCGGACAGCCGUACAACAUCAACGCCGACACCGUGGCCGGAGAAUUGGCGGCGGCGCUGGGCGCGGAGAAGCUGAUUCUGCUGACCGAUGUUGCGGGGAUUUUGGAAGAUCGGAACGACCCUAACAGCUUGGUGAAAAAGAUUGACAUAAAAGGGGUGAAAAAAAUGAUGGAAGAUGGCAAGGUCGGUGGUGGAAUGAUUCCGAAGGUUAAUUGUUGCGUGCGAUCGCUGGCGCAAGGGGUUACCACUGCGAGUAUUAUUGAUGGUAGGGUUCCUCACUCUUUGUUACUCGAGAUUUUGACUGAUGAAGGUGCUGGAACUAUGAUCACUGGCUAAAUGUAUCUCUUUUGGUUGCUCAUGGUCUUUGUCUUUGUGUUGCGAUUCUUUCUUUUCAAUCCUUGAGGUUGCAUUGCAGCACUUGUUUUGUUAGAUUCCUCAUUGUUUAAGUGCUUGUCAUGUAAUGUAAGACAUGGUUGAAUUGAAGGCAAAUGCAUCAAACUAGUACCAUACAGCAAAGAAAUUUUUUUAC